AUGCUCCCGUUGCGAGUGAGAGCUUCAUCCAUCGGCGUGCUCCACCGCCUGCCACUCCGCCGCCUUCUCACCCCCGCCCCAUUUCCUCGAUGCUACUCCGCCGCGCGCGCGGUGCAAGAGCCCCGAACAGGCACCACGACUCCAGUCCCAGAGGAGAGCGCGCAUAUUAUUUCGAAAUCGCCCUUUUACUUCGAGGCUGGAUAUGCCCUCUAUGCGAAAAGGCCCUCGAGGCCUUUUCCGCCGCCGUUCCUCUCAUACCCAUCUGGAUCCUUCUCCGACCCGCUGAGCACACAUGAUAAGAGCCGGGAUAAGAGGCCGACUGUGAACGGGGAGAUGAUACGGGGUGUGACCAACGGUGACGAUGCCGUGCUGGUCAGCGACAGCUUCAUCGGCGCCAAUGACGGCGUUGGGGCGUGGGCGACGAGGGAGAAGGGACAUGCACCCCUUUGGUCCCGCCUAAUUCUUCAUUUCUGGGCCCUCGAGGCCGAGCGCGCAAAGUAUGGUGGCAAUGCAACACCCGAUCCUGUUUCCUACCUCCAACGCGCAUUCGAGCAGACAAAAGAAGCCACGGCGGAGCCGAACGAGUGGCAUGGUACAACGACUGCAAGCGGUGCGCUGCUAAGCUCUGAUGACAGUGGCGGAAAUGGUGCUCACCCCAUCCUCUAUGUCACGCAAUUAGGAGACUCCCGAAUCCUUGUUCUACGACCGCGCGACCAGGAAAUAAUAUUCAAGACUAAGGAGCAGUGGCACUGGUUCGACUGUCCGCGACAGCUAGGAACGAACAGCCCGGAUACGCCCCUCAAUAAUGCAGUGCUUGAUCGUGUUGAGAUCGAGGAAGACGACAUCGUGCUGGCCAUGACGGAUGGGGUAGUGGACAAUUUAUGGGAUCACGAGGUGCUACAAAACGUGCUGGAUAGCAUGGACAAGUGGAAAAAUGGGGCGGGUUCGAAUAAGCAGCAGGAUGGGAAAGAGCCGGGAGAACAGAGCUACGCAGAUGGUAUGCGUUUUGUGGCGCAAGAGCUAGUCAAUGCCGCAAGGGUAAUAGCUGAAGACCCGUUUGCGGAGAGUCCGUACAUGGAGAAGGCAGUCGAUGAAGGACUAUCCAUUGAAGGAGGCAAACUGGACGACAUCAGCGUUGUUGCGGCGCAAUGCAAACGUAGGAAGGUCUGA